AUGUUGUUUGCUUCUUCUGCUCUUUGUUCCAAUCAUCAGGGAGGGACCUGUCAAGAGGCUGAUGUGGAUGAUAUGACAAACUAUUUUCUUUUUCUUUCAGUUAUCAAGAUAGAACAUGCUGCAGUCCGGUCACUCUGUACUGCUCAGAACAAUCUUAAUGGGGAAGCUACACAUGGACAAGAAACGAUGUUAACAGAUAAUGAAGGUGAAGAAGAUGCAAAACCUUUGAAUUUAGUUACAGACAGCCACUCAUUCACGACGGCUGCUGCUGCAACUACAGUCCAGCCAGCUGGAGGAAUCACGACAACAGUCGCUGCUCCAGGCACUCAGACAAUUCAACAUAUCAUUCCACAGUCCAUCUCCAUGCCACCCACAGGCUUCAUCAUCCAAGGACAGUUUGGGCAGCAGGCUGUGAUCCCCCUGUCAGCCAAUCUUGCGGCAGGUCUCCCGCUGUCCACACAAGACUUACAGCAACUGCAACAACAAAUCCAGCAACAACUACAGCAUCAACAGCAACUUCAACAGCAGCAACAAGCAGUUGUGCAGGCUGCACUAACGCAACAACAACAACAGACCUCAACAAUUUCAUCAAUUGUUACUCAGCCACGACUUCAAGUUUCUACUGUACAGACAGCUGCAUGUACUGCCAAAGCCCCAACAACCCAAGUCACAUACACAACAACCUCCACAACACCACAAGUGGUGACAACAUCUCCACAACAAGCAACUCCUUUCCAACAAUUUGUCCUGGUAAAUCCGACACAACUACCUCCAAAUUUACAGCCACAGUUCAUUUUACAAAACCAGGGAAUCUCUAUGAUGACCACAGCUCUUAAUGCAGCACAGCAGCAACAGCAGCAGCAACAACAACAGCAGCAGCAGCAGCAACAACAGCAAGCAGCUACAACUGUUGUAACACAGCAAAACACCCCGGUGCCAUCCAUUGCACAGUCUGUAGCCCAAGUUGUGCAGAGUCCUCAGGUGCAAACAGCUAGCACACAGCCUGGCACCUCCCCUCCAGUAUCUGUCACAACAACAAAUGCAGGGAUUGGAGUCAUCUCUUCGGUUGAUGGCUCAGUUUCUAACACAACCAGCCAUGAAAGAAUCACGCCAUCUCUGCUUGUGUCUUCUUCGCCUCCUUCACAGGCAACUUUAGCCCUUCAGCCUGAGGAAAAUAUUGACUUGGAAGAAUUGGAGCAAUUUGCAAAGACUUUCAAGAGACGACGAAUAGAACUUGGUUUCACCCAAGGUGAUGUUGGCUUGGCAAUGGGCAAGUUGUAUGGACAUGAUUUCAGCCAGACGACAAUUUCACGUUUUGAAGCUCUCAACUUGAGUUUUAAGAACAUGUGCAAACUAAAGCCUCUGCUGCAGAAGUGGUUGGCUGACGCCGACUCGAUGUCAUCAAAUCCUUCUUCUUUGCCAGGAUCUCCAGUUACUGCCGAAUCCAUUGGUCGCCGCCGAAAAAAACGGACCAGCAUAGAGUCUUCAAUCCGUGUUGCUCUGGAAAAAAGCUUCAUUCAAAAUCCAAAGCCUUCUUCAGAGGAAAUCUCCAUGCUGGCAGACAGCCUCACGAUGGAGAAAGAAGUGGUGCGUGUCUGGUUCUGCAAUCGGCGGCAAAAGGAGAAAAGGAUUAACCCCCCUAGCUCCCUUACUGGACCCCAAUUACAAAUUGUGCAAAGCAUGAGUGCCACAAGCACAUCGGCCACCUCCAUGACCUCAAGCCAAAUUUUGAACAGUGCUGCUGUAGCUGCAGUGGCAGCAGCAGCAGCUAAUGGGUCCAUGGGUGGAAUCAAUCUGUGUGCAGAUGGUGAGGCUGGCAGCACAAGUGGGGGUGCAGCUGCCAUCACUACCUUACCAUCUGGUAUGGCACUAACAGUCAACAACAGCCCCUUGAACAUGAGCACAAAUGCCGGCCUUGUGCUGACCGCAGCAGGAGUGAUGCAAGCAGCAGCGGGGAACAGUGGACAUCACCUCACAACAGCUGCUGGUAUCACUGCCUCAUCCGUUUCCUCCUCCUCCCCGACCUCCUCUUCUUGUUCCACCGCCACACAGCAGCAGUCUCUCGUUGGAGCUUCGACUACCACGUCAUCACCUUCAGGACUUACACUUCCUACUGUCACAGCCUCAUCCAAUCCGGACCAUGUUUCUAUAGCAACCAGUCUCACAAGUCAUCCUGAUGAUGAUGUAUCUUAG